AUGUCUUCGCUUGAUCUUUCCAACAAUGCUUUUUCAGGAUCAAUUUUCCAUUUCCUGUGUAAUGAGAUGAAUGAGACAAAAAGUUCGAUGCAAAUACUCAUCCUUAGUAAAAACUUCUUAUCAGGGGAAAUACCUGAUUGUUGGUUUAAUUGGAAAAAUUUAGAAGUCCUGAAUUUAGAUUACAAUCGUUUCACUGGAAACCUUCCUACCUCUAUUAGGACUUUAAGUUCUCUUCUAUCAUUAAACCUUCGUAAAAACCACCUUUUGGGAGAAGUAUUUGUGUCGUUUCAAAAUUGGACAGAGAUAGUCAAACUUGAUCUUGGUGAAAAUGAGUUUGUUGGGGACGUCCCAGUGUGGAUGGGAGAAACAUUUUCAAGAAUGCAGAUUCUGAUCCUCCGAUCAAAUAAGUUUAACGGUCUUUUACCUAGGGAACUUUGCCAUCUCAGUUCUCUACAAAUCCUUGAUCUUGCAGAUAACAAUUUUUUUGGAACUAUACCAAGAUGUGUUAGCAACUUCAGCGAAAUGAUAAUAUUGGGUACUUCUCAACCAGAACUAGAAUAUGCAUCUGAUUCAGAUUAUUAUCUAGGUUAUAUGGAGGGUGCAUCAGUUAUGAAUAAAGGUGAAAUGGCUGAAUACAGUAUAAUUUUGGAGCUUGUGAGAAUUAUAGACCUUUCCAAAAAUAACUUUUCCGGGGAGAUUCCUAUUGAAGUGACAAAUCUUGGAGCACUGCAGUCACUAAAUCUGUCACACAAUUCUUUUAUUGGGAGAAUCCCAGAAAACAUUGGUGCUAUGGUAUCCCUAGAAUCUGUUGAUUUAUCUGGAAAUCAACUAUCUGGUGAAAUCCCAUCAAGCAUUUCGAAGUUGACGUUUUUGAGUCACUUGAAUUUAUCCAACAACAACUUGUUUGGAAAUAUUCCUUUAAGUACUCAACUGCAAAGCUUGAAUGUAUCUUGUUUUACUGGCAAUAAACUUUGUGGUCCUCCGCUUCCUAAUAAUUGUGCAGUGACUGUUCCAACACCCAAUGAUCAAAACAGAGGAGAGAAAGACCGUAAUGAAGAUGAAGUGGAUUGGUUCUAUGUAAGCAUGGCACCUGGAUUUGUGGUGGGAUUUUGGUGUGUAAUAGGACCUCUAGUCUUCAACAGGAGAUGGAGGUACAUGUAUUGUCAGUUCUUGAAUCGCCUCCAAGAGAAACUCGGUAGUCUUUUUAUCUUGAAUGUGCUAAAAAGGGAUAGGAUCAACAGUAUGAACAUCUGCGAUCAUGAAAUUAAUCAUAUUUGUUGUGUCUUUCUUACAGACUACAGUGGAACUCUUUCUGAAGUCCAUUUUGCCAAUCUCACAAGAUUGUCCAUUUUUGAAGUGACAAAACUUGGAGCAUUGAAGUCAUUGAAUUUGUCGCACAAUCUUUUCAUAGGAAGAAUUCUUGAGAGUAUUGGUGUUCUGACACUAUUAGAGGCCCUUGAUUUAUCUGGAAAUCAGCUUUCUGGAAACAUCCCACAAAGCAUGUCAAAUCUAAUGUUUCUAAGUCACUUGAGCUUAUCAAAUAACAAUUUGACUGGGAUAAUUCCCCGGAGCAUUCAGUUACAGGGCUUCGAUCCAUCAUGUUUCAAUGGCAAUGAACUUUGUGGACCUCCGCUGCCCAAAAAUUGUGCUAUGACUUCUGAUACUGGAGCUAAUGAACAUGAAGUUAGCUGGUUCUACAUAAGCAUGGCAAUUGGAUUGAUGAGUUUAUGGGACGUCCCAUUCCCCAUAAACUUCUUCUUCCAAGAUGUUUUACAGGUUUUUCCAAGGACCCAUCUGAACUUGGCAGAAGAAAACCAUGAGAAUUUUUCUUGCCUUCUUUUCAUUGUCACAACCCUCAACAUUAGCUUCUGCGGAGGAAGCUCUUGCCGGGGUUGCAUUGAAAGUGAAAGACAAGCUCUUUUAAGGUUCAAGAAAGAUCUGAUAGAUCCUUCCAACCGGCUUGCCUCUUGGACUUCUGGUCAUGGAGAUUGCAGUACAUGGUCUGGUAUUUUCUGUGACAACUUGACAGGACAUGUCCUCAAGCUCAGAUUUAAGAACUCCUCCACUCAUGAGAGGUCAAAGUUGCACGGUAAGAUAAAUCCCUCUUUGCUUGAUUUGAAGCGUUUGCGUUCCUUGGACCUGAGCGAUAAUUUUGAAGGAAUACAGAUUUCCAGAUUUCUUGGUUCUAUGCAGGAUUUAAGAUACCUCAAUCUCUCUCAAAAUCCCUUUCAGGGUAUGAUUCCUCACCAACUUGGAAAUCUAUCUAAUUUGCAAUAUCUUUGUCUAGGUGAUUCCUGGGGAUAUAUGCUAUUUGUUGAAAAUUUUUGGUGGUUAUCUCAUCUUUCUUUCCUGGAACACCUUGAUUUGAGUGUGGUUCUUAGCAAUUCCUCUGAUUGGUUGCAAGGUCCAAUCCCUGAUAGACUUCAAAACUUGACUUCCCUUAGACAUUUGGAUUUAUCUCAGAAUAAUUUCAGUUCUUCUAUACCCGAUUGGUUGUAUAGAUUUAGCCAUCUAGAAGUCCUUCUUCUUGCGGAAAAUAGCUUGACAGGCAUGAUUCCGGCUGCUUUCGGAAACCUGACUUCUAUCACGAGACUUGAUCUAUCGUAUAAUAUGUUUGAAGGUGGAAUCCCAAAAUCGAUGGGAAGGCUUUGCACCUUAAGGUCAGUCUCUAUCUUAGUUGUUGAAUUAAAUCAAGAAAUAUUUGAAGUUCUUGAUAUUUUCUCUAAAUGUGCUUCGGAUACCCUGGAGUUUCUUGAUUUGAGGUGUAGUCAACUUUUUGGUCAACUGACAAAUCAACUUGGACAAUUUAAGAAAUUGUAUGCACUUCUUCUGGGAUCCAAUUCUAUUUUUGGUCCAGUUCCAUCGUCAUAA